AUGGCGUUAGCUUCAUCUUCAUUUACCAAAAUGAAAAUGUUGCCAAAGUUGUUAUUGUUCGCGUUUCUCAUUUUUCAGUUCUCGUUAGCUAAAAUUGGGCCGCCCCGACCCAACCCAACCAUCACACGGAUCCGACCAAGGCCACCGCUGAUCCCACCGUGCGUUAAGCUAAUGCCACGCCGCCCCAAAACCAACCCGGGACCUCUAGCCAAUGGAGCCACAAUCCUUCACAUAACUCAAGAGCUCAAAAGGAACAUCACUUACGACCCAUUUGGGUACACCAAGACAUGGGUCGGCGACAAUUACUGCCUCUUCAAAGGCUUCUUUUGCGACGUCGUUCCGGAUCUCAAUAUCACUGGCCUGUCCUCCAUUGACUUCAGUGGGGCCAGAUUUGGUGGGCAGUUCUUGAACUUCUACCGCUUCAUUCGUAACCUGCCGGAUAUUGCUAUCUUUCAUGCUAAUUCCAAUAACUUUAGUGGCGUUAUCAAGCGGAAUAUUAACAAGUUGCGGUUCCUGUAUGAGCUUGAUUUGAGUAACAAUAAGUUCCUUGGUGGGUUUCCUGGGUCUGUUCUUGGAGCCAAUAAAUUGUCGUUUGUGGACUUUCGUUUCAAUGGUUAUAAUGGUUCGGUGCCGUAUCGGUUGUUUAAUAUUGACACUGAUGUGCUGUUUAUUAACAACAAUGGGUUCACUGGGACGAUCCCGGCAGCUACGUUCGGUAACACGCCCGCACUCUAUGUCACACUUGCUGCCAACAAGUUUACAGGUCCAAUCCCACCAACAAUUGGGCGGGCGUGGAGGACUCUACGCGAGGUACUAUUCUUAAAAAACAGGCUCUCCGGUUGUCUGCCGUUCGAGAUAGGUUAUUUAGUAAAAGCCACAGUGUUGGACGCCAGCUCAAACAUCAUAACAGGUCCAAUACCCAAGUCCUUAGGCUGCCUAUUCAGUUUGCAAAUCCUUAACUUAGCCAACAACCACUUGUACGGAGCCAUUCCAGAGUCCCUCUGCAGCCUCCCACACGUCUACAACAUAACCCUAAGCAACAACUAUUUCACCCAAGUCGGCCCACAGUGCCGAAAGUUAAUCACAGCUCAAAGGCUCCACGUCCAAGGAAACUGCCUUCCGGGCUUCCGGUGCCAAAAGACCGCAACCGAAUGCGCCACUUUCUUCUGUAAACCAAGGAGCUGCCCACGAGCUAACACGUUCAACUAUGUUCCUUGUAAACUCCCCGCGGUGGCUGCGGUUGCUUCAGUUCAUGAUAUGGUUCCUCCUUCGCCUCGUUCGUAUGCCGCCCUUGAAACACCUCAACCUCUCCCUAAUAGACGCGUUUAAUGAUGUGAUGUAAUUCUCGUUCUUUCUUUUGGCCUAUAAUUUCCUAUCCUCUAUGUAAACGAGAUUAUUGGAAUUACUUUGGUUGCAGCUAGCCGCCCCUACUUAAACAUUAUAAAUUAAUGCCAAC